UUCCAGUAAACAGCUUUCCACAUCAGGAUAGCUGUGAGACUGUCACGUAAACACGCCUACCUUACAUUUUCACAACAUGGUUCAUUGGAUUGUAGUUUCGAAGGAGAAGUGGAAUAAUUCGUUUCAGCAUGGAUUCAAAUAGGCGCGUCCGGGAUAGGAUAUAUUUUGUCCUGCUCAGUUUAGGGAAUAUUGCAACAGCUCUCUCUGGCCAACUUCUUGAAUGUACCAACGACUAUACUACGGGAUUCUUUUGUCACUUUGAAGCACAAAACUGCACUGAAUACAGUUUGACUCUCCGGGCCAACGACUUCAAUGAGAAUGGGAGUAGCACUUUCACACAGUGUGACAAUGGACGGUGUUGUUGCUCCAUUGAAAUGUCUCUGAUCUCGGGGGAGACUCAUACAGCCACAGUUCGGAAAGGAGACAAGAUCAUAAAAUCCCAAAUCAUCAGCGUCACAGACACCAUAAAGCCUAACACCCCAACAAUCCGCUCAGUGGAAAUAUCCGGUGGAAAUUUUCAAGUCACAUGGGAUACACACAUGGCACCUUAUAUCAGGACUGAAUUGAAACAUUAUUUGACGUACUAUAAAGAAGGAGACACAAAAACGGAACCUAUGAUGGUCACACCAACUACAACUAAUGAAUGGAAUUCCUAUGAAAUACUUGGUCGACACUUGGACCCAAGCACAACAUAUGUUGUCAGCGUGAAAACCUACAUAGACAUCAGUGGCAAGUUCAGUGACAGUAGUGAAGAGGUGGAAUUCACAACCGGUAAGUGUCAUCUUCUCAGUUUUUUAUUUACAACAAUAGGAGAGCAUGUCUGAAAUAGGUUGAUGGACCCACGUAGACCAAUCAGGUCACACUGCACUACACAAUGACAUCUUUCAUUCAAUCAAGAAUCAUAAACAUCACAUCAUGGCACCAAAGACCUAAAAUAUCAGCAUGAAAACAUAUACAUCAUUUAGCCAUUUUAUCGUCAAAUAUGUGCUAUUCUCCUGGUUUCUUGUAGGGGCAUUGAUGCUGUAUUAUGGAGCUCUGCUGGCCAAAUUUAGCAAAUGUAAACAACUAAACUGAUGUGUGUGUGUGUGUGUGUGUGUGUGUGUGUGUGUGUGU